CAAACCAAACGUCAAACACCAGUUUUGUUUAUUUGCCGAGCGAGUUUGGUUGUGGUUUCGCUGAUUUAUCGUAUAAUGUAAUUGAUUGCAACAGCAAACAUGUUAUUAGGAAAAAUUAGAGUAUCCCAAGUAUGUUUUAUGUUAACGUUAGCUUUGUUUUUCGCAACGUCCUUAAUAAUUUUCAAUCAAAUCUAUCUAACCUCAAAAAUGGUGGUCGACGAAGAAUUUCACUUUCCGCUCGGAAUAUCCUACUGCAAUUUUAAUUUUUUGGUGUGGGAUCCUAAAGUCACCACUUUACCAGGGCUGUACUUAGUAAGCGCUUUGCUUAUGGGGCCCUUAAAAUUAUGCACGCCGUAUUGGAUGAGAUUCGUUUCAUUAUUAUUCUCUCUAUUCAACGUAAUUCUGUUUCACAAGCUCUUCAGAAAGAACGAAAGGAACGAAUGGAGGAACAUCCUAUCUUCGAUUACCUUGGCUUUGUUGCCUCCGUUGUACUUCUUCAGUAACUUUUAUUACACUGAUGUGGUCUCAUUGACGAUGAUUCUGCUGAUGAUGGUUGCUAAUGAGAAGAAACGCCACUACAGCGCUUCAACUUUCGGCUUACUGGCGGUAAUUUGUAGACAGACGAAUAUUGUUUGGGUUGGCUUGGUUGCUGUGAGGUAUGUUCUAGCCGAGCUAUUUACGUUUACGAAACUGAAACAGCACGAGAGAGGCAUUCCAGCUAAGGAUGUAUACACUUUCUUGAGAAGACUCGUGAAAAGACCUUUGAGAGUGUUGGAAAACUCUAACGUACAAUUUUGGUUGGAUACUUUGGCUUACUCGGUGACUUUGGGAUUGUUUGUAUUAUUCCUGAAAAUUAACGGCAGUAUAGUUGUUGGAGACAAGACUGCACAUCAAGCGACAAUACAUAUCCCGCAACUUUUUUAUUUUUCGAUAUUUUGCCUGAUAUUCGCUUGGCCGCAUUUUGUCGGGGAGAUUCUGAACUUUAUCGCUUUCGCAAAAACUCACAAAUUGUUAAUCUCCAUUGCUACGAUUGUUUGUUUGGUGAUUGUUUUCACAAACACUCUGGUCCAUCCGUAUAUGCUGGCUGAUAACAGGCACUAUAUUUUUUACGUGUGGAACAGAUUUUAUGGAAAAUUCGUCCUUUUUAAGUACGCCAUGAUUCCUGUAUACAUAUUCGCUUGGUAUGUCAUUAUUAAAUCUAUUUACAGCAGGCACGACAUAAGUUUCGUUACAUUCUACUUAAUUUGUGUUUCCGCUGUAUUGGCUAGUCAGAAGCUAAUUGAAAUACGCUACUUCUUUAUUCCUUACAUACUCUUCAGAUUGAGGAUAAAAACGAACACAAAUUCGGUAUUUAAUAUCGUUCUGGAAUUCGUGACUUACGUGGUCAUUAAUUGCAUAACUCUAAAUCUGUUUUUCACCAAAAUAAUAACUUGGUCUAGAUAUGAGGAUCCACAGAGAUUAAUUUGGUAAAUCUCUCACGCACCAAAAUUAUUUUUGUGAUAAUUGUUGUAAUUUUAAAAAUUUAUUAAUGUCAUGCAAACAUUCCAACAUUCCAUUUAAUGACUGUCAACUCCUGUGUAAUUUCAAAUUGUGUACCUCUACUCUUUUACCAGAAUAGCGAAUUUCCUUUUCACGGGAUCUUACAAGUUCCCAAAAAAUUAGCAUUGUUCUAUAGAACAUUUUUAAUUCGCUGCACUGGAAUACAACUUAAUGUUUAGUGUUGUGAGAAUAAAUACAUAAGUACUAUCAAUUUAUUUUUCUUUGCGAAAAAACAAAAUUUAGUUUAUUUUUGUAAAGAAAAAAUUAUUAAGGAUUAUUGUAUCGUUAUCUUUAUCAAUUCAUUUGGAUGUUUACAUACAAAUAGUUAAUUUUUAUUUAUUUAUGUUUGCAAUUUUUAUAUAAAAUAAGAUUAUAUGAUUUUAAAAAUUUCGCCAAACAAUACAGGUAUAAAAUUCUAUAUUUUUUGGUUAAA